GGAAGUUUUGCUGGAGUUGCUGGAACAUGGUGUGGAUGGCUUAUGGAAAGCAGAGCGUUACGAAGGAAUUUCUGAAAUUUCCAAGUUGAUCAUUCCAAUUUAUGAGAAUCAUCGAGAGUUUGAGGAAGGUCAUCCAAGCAUGCAGCAUUGCACUGGAACUAAAUGAGUGGUUAAUGAAAGAGGAUCAGAUUGAAUACCAUGAAGAGCUCACAUCAAAUUUCGAAGACAUGGUGAAAGAAUUGUCUGACGUUAUUUAUGAACAGAUAAUACAAGAAGACCCAAUGCAUUCUCCCUGGAUGAGCAACACAUUACGUGUAUUUUGUGCAAUUAGUGGUACGUCAAGGGACCGAAACUAUGGUUCCCCAACAUACACUGCUGAAAUAUGAGGACAUGCAGAUGUCAAGUGACAACAAGACUGAACAUCUCAGGAAUAUUUGGAGCUGUGCAAAUGUUUAAAAUUUAAAGAUUUGUUAUACACGGAGUGUUUC